CACAGAUCACUCAACGAGCUGUUGUCAAAUAGAAUAAAUAAAUUCUGAUUUAUCAGAUCGAAAAUUUCUUUAAUACUAGAUAAAAUAAAGCUUAUAUCAAGUUAAAUUAAACAUAUAAGGAUAGCAAUUUCUGAUAAUGUGUCAGUACAAUUUAUAAGUUAGAAUGUCGUUAGAACAAACUGCAUGUGAUGCUGUUCUUACAGACUUAAAGGCAUUUGAGAGGCGGCUCACCGAAGUCAUAGCUUGCCUGCAGCCUGCUACAACUAGGUGGAGAAUUGUAUUAGCAGCAGUGUCACUGUGUACUGCGAUUGCAGCUUGGCACUGGCUCACAGACCCACUGACACCAGUGGUUUCACUCACUCAGUCGUUGUGGAACCAUCCCUUUUUUGCUGUGACUUCUACUCUUUUGGUGCUACUAUUCAUGAUGGGAGUACAUAGAAAAGUGAUUGCCCCUAGUAUAAUAACGGCCAGGACCCGCUCGGUGCUCAAUGACUUCAACAUGUCUUGUGAUGAAACAGGAAAACUGAUCCUGAAACCAAGACCGGCGAACAACAUGACCUGUCUUAGUCACUAGUUUCAAUAAGUACCAAUUGUUUUCUAUCCUAUUGAUUAAGGUUAUCAAAUAAAACAAUUUACGAGAUACUA